CACAGACAGACAAGGUGGGACCCUCUCUCCGAAAAGCCACAGGUCAGUAGGUCCAAACAGGAUACAGCACGGAAAGAAGGGACUGUCUAUUCGGGUGCACUCAGAGACAGACAGACAGAAGAGGGAUGUGGGGAAACACAGAAAACACAAGGAAAGCGGAGGUUGCAGCCAAGGCCGUAGAGAAUCUGCGCUGUUUGAAAUCCGCACUUUGCCUGGAAGUUUUCCCCGGCUCGGCUGCGUGGUUCGCCGGUCGCGUUGCGCCCGGAGAGUCCGGGAGGGGAUGGAGCGACGCUAGGAGCGAAUACCCGAGGAAAGAAGAGAGGCGGAACAGGAGAGAGGGAGGCGAAGGGAAUAAAACAUUUUCAUUAACAGGACCCCGGGACGACGUCCAAGCUGAAUCCGUCGGGCCUGCUGAGUAUGCCCCGGAGCCCCACCUCCAGUGAGGAUGAGAUGGCCCAGAGCUUUUCCGACUACUCCGACGAUUGUGCGUCCGACAGCUCCCGCGAAGAGACCAUUUACGAGACGAUAAAGGCCACGGCCGAGCCCUCGCAGAGCCGCAUGGACGACAUUCACAUAAACUCGCUGGUCGUCCGCGUCCUCAUCCCCGACCUGCAGCAGACGAAAUGCAUGCGGUUCAACCCGAAUGCGACCGUCUGGGUUGCCAAGCAGCGGAUCCUGUGCACGCUGAAUCAGAGCCUGAAGGACGUCCUCAACUAUGGCCUUUUCCAGCCCGCCAGCAACGGGAGGGACGGCAAGUUCCUGGACGAAGAACGCAUCCUCCGAGAGUACCCCCAACCAAUCAGCAAGGGGGUCCCGUGUCUGGAGUUCCGCUAUAAGAGCCGAGUGUACCGACAACCCGAUGUGGACGAGAAACAAAUCGCCAAACUUCACACAAAGGCCAAUCUGAGGAAGUUUAUGGACCUCAUCCAGCACAAUCAGGUGGACAAAGUGUCAAAGAUGUUGGAACGAGGCUUCGAUCCAAACUACCAGGACAGCGACACUGGAGAGAGCCCGCUGACGUUUGCAGCUCACCUGGACAACGUGGUGGAGAUGAUCAAAGUGCUGAGGAACGGAGGAGCUCACCUGGACUUCAGAGCCAAAGACGGCAUGACGGCGCUGCACAAAGCUGCACGCUCCAAGAACCAGGUCACUCUGAUGACUCUGCUGGAGCUGGGCGCUUCUCCAGACUACAAGGACAGCCGCGGCCUGACUCCCCUGUAUCACUGCGUGGUGGUGGGGGGAGACCCCGGCUGCUGCGAGCUCCUCCUCAACCACCACGCCUUCGUCUGCUGCCAGGACGAGAACGGCUGGCACGAGGUUCACCAGGCUUGCCGUCACGGCCAUGUGCAGCACCUGGAGCAUCUGCUGUUCUACAGAGCAGACAUGAGCGCCCAGAAUGCCUCGGGAAACACCGCUCUUCACAUCUGUGCCCUCUACAACCAGGAUAACUGUGCCCGAGUGCUGCUUGUCCGAGGAGCCGACAAGGAAGUGAAGAACUACAACAGCCAGAGUCCUUUUCAGGUGGCCAUUAUAGCCGGGAACUUUGAGCUCGCCGAACUCAUCAAGAACCACAAGGAGAAAGAUAUAGUGCCUUUCCGCGAGGCUCCAGCCUACUCCAAACGCCGCCGGGGUCCGUCUACUGGCAGCGGAACCGACCAGUCCCCGUCCUCGCUCUCGGCGCCGCGGGUCCUCCUGCGCUCCAACAGCGACAACAACCUAACGGUCAGUCAGUACCAGCAGCAGCACGGCUCGCCUGGCAACUGGGGCCCCCACCUGCAGCAGCACCAACACGCCCAGCCCCAGCCGCACCGGGCCCCCCAGCAGGGUCACUCGCAGCCUGGCUCGGCAGCAUUACACCGCAGCCUGUCACCCCAGCUGCUCCAGCAGAUGCCCAGCGGCAGCCCCAAUGGCAACGUGGUGGUACGGACCAUGGGGAGGGGGGCGAGGAGCCGGUCUCCCUCCCUCAGCCGGCUGGGGGAGGAGACGAGACGGGCUAUACCUUCACAGCGCCAGCCCAGCCCCAGCAGUCAUGACAAAGCCGCGGGCCCCCGGAGGAAGCUGUACAGCGCCGUUCCUGGGAGACAUUUUGUGGUGGUUCGUUCGUACACCGCCCAGGCCGAGGGGGAGAUCAACCUGUACAAGAGCGACAGGGUCAAAGUUCUGAGCAUCGGGGAGGGGGGUUUCUGGGAGGGCAGCGCCCGCGGCCAGGUGGGCUGGUUUCCAGCCGACUGCGUGGAGGAGAUCCCGGCCAAGGCCACCGAGGAGAGGAGCUAUUCCCGAGCAGACCGCGCUGACAGACGGAAGCUGUUCAGACAUUACACUGUGGGCUCCUACGACAGCUUCGAUGCCUCCAGUGACUGCGUGGUGGACGAGAAGACCGUGGUGCUCCAGAAGAAGGAGAAUGAGGGCUUUGGAUUCGUGCUGCGGGGGGCCAAAGCGGAUACGCCCAUCGAGGAGUUCACUCCCACACCCGCCUUCCCCGCGCUGCAGUACCUGGAGUCGGUGGACGAGGGAGGGGUGGCAUGGCAGGCGGGUCUCAGGACGGGGGACUUCCUCAUCGAGGUGAACCAGGAGAAUGUGGUGAAGGUGGGACACAGACAGGUGGUCAACAUGAUCCGCCAGGGGGGAAACCGGCUCCUCAUCAAGGUGGUGACGGUGAGCCGGAAUCUGGACCCCGACGACACAGCCCGCAAAAAAGCUCCUCCCCCGCCAAAGAGAGCCCCCACCACGGCCCUGUCCAUGCGCUCCAAGUCCAUGACGUCCGAACUGGAGGAACUCGCCACUCUAAGGAAAAAGAAAGGUGAUAAAGUUGAAGAGAUGACGCACGCCCAGAAGGCCUCGCCUGUUGAUAUGAAGAUCGCCACAAUCAAACCACGCCCGUCCAGUCGCUGUUUGGUGACGCCAACAGAUAUGAAUUCCAUGUAUCACGACCGCCAGGGAGUCGCAGUGGUGCCACCCACCGUGCCCGGGGCCUUUCUGGGGAUACCCGAGAAGGGCACGAUGAAAAAGCAGAAGUCCAUAGGUUCAUCAGAGGAUGACAAACAGGGAUAUCUCACACCGCCCCUUCUCAAGUUCUCCCGCAGCCUCUCCAUGCCCGACACCUCAGAGGACAUCCCCCCUCCCCCUGCCAUUUCACCCCCUUCACCACCCGGCUACAACUCCGGCCCUGCAACAAAGAACUACGGCACAACACGACCGAGCUUUACCCAGAACUCCCCCAAUGCAGUGACGACCAUUCGCAGGGAUGUUGGCACGUUGAGACGUGGAUAUUACCGGCAGAGCUCAGAGCAGUUUGAGAGUACUCGUAUAAGAGGGCGCGCGCCCGUUCCUGAGAACCCUUACUCCGAGGUAGGCAAUAAGACUCUGUAUAUUCCAGCAAAACCAGCUCGAAGGAAGGGCAUGUUAGUAAAGCAGUCCAAUGUUGAGGACAGUCCUGAGAAACACGUGCCAGCAAGCCCCUCAGGCCCAGUUUCCAUGCCCACUACGCCUGUAGAACGAACAUGCUCCUCCAUCCCCAUCCCCACCAUCAUCGUCAAGGAGCCCUCCACCAGCAGCAGCGGCAAGAGCAGCCAGGGUAGCAGUAUGGAGAUCGAGCCCACUACCCCUGAACACCCACCUCUCACACCUAAUCUGGGUGGAGGUUUGCGUCCUGACGACCCUUUAUCUUUGAACAAUCCAUUUGCGGCAGCUAUUGCCGGAGCGGUCCGGGAUCGCGAGAAGAGGCUAGAGGCAAAAAAGCACUCCAUCGCCUUCCAGUCUAUAGAUAUAGGGGACGAUGAAUUCAGCAGUCCCACACCCACCCCUCGCCUUCGGCAGUCAAAGUCAAUCGAUGAAGGCAUGUUCAGUAGCGACGAGCGGCUUCGAAGAAUAUUGGCUCCCCCUCCUGCUGCACUGCUAGGACGUCCUGUUGGGGGCGGAAGUGGAAACAUGACUGAUUUCAACACUCCUGAGCCCACUGUGGUACGAGAGCCUCUGAACACCAGAACAGGCCAGUGUCAAAACCUGGACAGUCCUGUUAGUCUCCCAUCCACUCCUCCUAAGAGCCACUACAGGGCGAACGGGACCUACCUCCACCCUGUUACAGGCAAGCCCUUGGACCCUAACUCUCCGCUGGCUUUGGCCCUGGCAGCUCGUGACCGCGCCAUGAAGGAGCAACAGAAUCAUCCUCAGAAUCAGACUCAAAAUCCUCCUCAGGUUCAGCAAACACCCAAGCAUGAAGCUCAGUCCCUCCCCAUUCAGUCAAGUCACAAACCAGACCUCAACCAACCGCUCUUCAUUGACACCAAACUACGCUCUGGGAUUGAGACAAGUUUUGCUGCAAUCUCAUCGGCAACCAUGGGCCGACCCGGCCGAGGGGGCCUGCGGAGACAGAUGACGGAGCAGAAGUAUGAAACAGAUGGCGCACGGGAAGAACGGAAGCAUCAGGCGGUUGAGGAGAGGAAAAGUGCGCCUGCUGAUGUGGCAGACACAUCACAGCCCAAGACGGCGGGGCUGUUGAUGGUUCACACUGACGCAAAUAACAAGGUGAACAACCAGGAGGUGGAGGGGCAGGACAGCAACAGGCCGUCUGAGCUGAAGGACCCCAACCAACCAGAUCCUCUCAAAGCAACACUCUCCAAUCCACAGCCACCCUCAUCGCGGAGGAGGAGCAUUCCUUUGGGUGAGUCAAUGGAUGAACCAGUGAAGCUGCCCUUCAGAAUCCCCCCUCCCCCUCUGGCUUCCGUUGACAUUGAUGAGGAGUUUGAAUUCUCAGAGCCCCUUCCGCCACCGCUGGAGUUUGCCAACAGUAUUGACAUACCUGACGACCAGGCCAGUGCCAUUGCAGAGAUGCUUCACCAUCAGAGGCGGAACGGGGGACCUCCUCUUCCUCCUUACCACCCUCAUGCCCCCCCACCCGUCACUGAUCAACACAAACGGGUUUCAAACAACAUGCCCCCAUCAUACCCUCCUCCACCACCCGAUGCAGAAUCAGGGGUGGGUGACUCGGGAAUCGAAGAGGUCGACAGCCGCAGUAGUGGCGACCCUCAACACAUGGAGACCACCAGCACUGUUUCCAGCCUCUCCACGCUGUCGUCAGAGGGCGGUUUCUGUGACAGCGCUCUGGAGAGCCUCUAUGCCACCGCAGACGGGCACAACUUCCUGGUAGAUCGGCCCCCUGUGCCACCCAAACCCAAGGGAAAGUCGGUCAUUAACAGAACAUCACUUUACCAUGACGCUCUAAUAGAGGAGCCUCCUGAGUCCUAUGGGACACCGCCUCAGGCUCCUCCCCCUCCCCCUUCAUCCUCUGAACCUCCUAGGACUCCUACUCAAAGGACAUCCAAGCUGUGGGGCGAUCAGCCCCCGGAGCUGCGCAGCCCGCCAUCCACACCGGACUCCAAGAACACCGUCAUCACCGAGCUAAGCUCCAUUCUGCAGCAAAUGAAUCGCGACAGGCCGGCCAAGCCAGGAGACAGCCUCGACUCCCCGACAGGGACCAGGGGGGGCUUCGGAACAAGGCCUCCGACAGAAGACUCAGGAAUGCGUAACAACGCGGCCUCUGCCCUCACCUCCACCCCUCCCAGCAGCCUCCCAUCACAGACACACCCCUGCAGCCCGCCAGACUCCGCCUCCUCCCUCACGCCCUGCUCCUCACUGCCACCCUCUGUGUCGCCCACCCUCACCGACGUCUUCGGCCUGCCCACCCCGCCCAUGGGCAGCGGCGGCGGCUACAGCCUGAGCUCCUCGUGCGGUGGCAGCGGGAGCUCGCGCUCCCCGUCGCCGCUCACGCUGAUGCAGGCGGUGGCGGCCUCGGGGAAGCCCUUCGCCUCCAAACCCAUGGAGCUUUGGAACAAGCACGACGUGGCCGACUGGCUGGAGAGCCUGAAUCUGGGGGAGCACAAAGACGCCUUCCUGGACAAUGAAAUCGAGGGCGCACACCUGCCAUCCCUGCAGAAAGAGGACCUGAUCGACCUGGGCGUGACGAGGGUCGGCCACCGCAUGAACAUCGAGAGGGCCCUCAAGCUGCUGCAGGACAGAUAAGCCCCGAGGAGGCGGGCGGAGUCAGGGCCGAGGAGAGGGAGGUGUUACCGAUCACUUUUACUCUUCAUCAGACAUUAUCUCAAGUCGUGGAUCUGGGUAGAAGUUUUGUCCAAGCUGAUGCUGCCUCUUGCUGUUUUUGUCCUCUCUCAUCCUCCGUCGCCCUCAUCCAGUGCUCCGGUGUUAUCCGCCCUCUUCCUCCUCCUCCCCCCCCGCCCUGAGCACCAGGGGAUCAUGGGAUGUCGGGCGGGACAGUCGGGGAAAAAGAAGAGAAUAGCUGCUAUGUCACAUCAAGGAGAGUGUAAGCAGAGGAGGCCAGCACAAAGGACUGAAACUAAAACUCUGGAAUAGUUUGAACUCAAACUCUGAAAGAAACACUCGUCUGGAAGUUUCUCUUAGAGACUCGUGCUCACCCAACCGCUUUGGAAUACUAAAGACUUUGUCCGUGCACCCCGGUGUGGGUGCAUGAAAACCAGCUGAGCUGGUUGUUGCUCCUUUUCUAUCUUUGCUAGAGUUUGUUCAGAGAAUAAUAUUUCUUCACUAGAGUCCUACCGGAGUUAUAUUUCUGGGUGCAUCUAAGGUUGUAGAGAACAAUUUGCGAUAGACUUCAUUUUUCUUGCUUUUCACCUGUUUGUGUCAAAAUAAGAACAUUAGAUGACAUGUUUAAAGUAAUAUGAAACGAUAUCUCAUGACCGCACACACACACACACACACACACACACACACACACACACACACACACACACACACACACACACACACACACACACACACACACACACACACACACACACACACCCCGAGCAUGUAUACACACACGGAUACGUCGAUGGCCUUCUUCUCCAGAGAGAGAGCAAAGCAUGGAGAGAGGUGGUCACCGGAGGAGGAGGAGCUACGCUGUAGCAGACCACGCCCACUCAGUGUCCACCUCUUCACACAAGAAAAAGAAAGGCGAGGACACGAGGUACGAGACGGACGGACGCUGAGACGGUUGAACCAGCUUCUCGUCUGCAAAGGGCACACUUGGCUUUUCCCUCUACUUCAGUGUGUGUGUGUGUGUGUGUGUGCGUGUGUGUGUGUGUGUGUGUGUGUGUGUGUGUGUGUGUGUGUGUGUGUGUGUGUGUGUGUGUGUGUGUGUGUGUGUGCGUUAAUGGGUGACCCGAAUGAUUAAGGCCAGUCUAUCUCUUUCCAUGGAUCUGUUAAAUAGGCCAGCCUGUAGGGAAAGUAGAGCUGUUCUUUUCUUUUCUCAUCGUGUCAGCGCUCCCUCCACUUCACUUUAAGCAGGUCGACACUCGGCGUUAACGCGGCCCCACAGUGAUGCUGACGUAUCACACACCCCGUGCGUACGUGGUAGAAGUUGAUGUUUUUUUUAACGAGAGAAUUGCAUGGUUUGUUUAAAAGAGAAAAGUUUGAUUUUUUGGGGGGGAAUCGGCUUGUUGACUUUUUCUGGACGGCGAGUGAGAUGAGAAGAUUGAAGCUCUCGUGUUUGAGUCGAGAGAAGUUUUUAUUUUAGCAUAAAGGCAGGAAGCAGGAAGUCCGGCUCGUUCAGACGCUCAUUGAUAUCUACAAACACAAUCUGUUUGUGAGGGAUCUUUUUUUUGGUGUUUUUUUUUCUCGUUCCUCUUCAGAAGCUGUGUCACCUCUGAUUCAGCUUUCAGUCCAUGUGGAAACGAAGAGGCAACAGCUGGCUACACACGAGACGAUGUUAGGUCAAGAUUUCCCGCACCUAAUGAUCAGGGGGCGUGGCCUGAUUCAACCGAUUAUUUGUCCUGAAGUGUGUCAUGUCGAUACGAUGAUUUCACCGCUCCUGAUGGAGUCAGAGCCUCCUCCAUCUGGAAUCAUAUUCGUCCAACAUGUUUGAUAUUUAUGAUUCCAGAUCAGGCUGCUUCUUCCUGAAACAGCCAAUGAGAGCGAGCAAACCGGGAAGCGUCGCAACAUAAACACACCUGAGCACCAUGCCGAGUGGAAUUUGUUAAUUUCCGCACAAAACAAAACGCCCGGACAGCCAGCUGACGACGUCCAUCGUCCUCCAUCUUUGUUUUUCCUCUGAAGUCACAUUUGAUCACUCGAGUUUCUGUGACAUCAUGAGGAGGGUUAUGAUGUUAAACAUCUGUUAAACUGACCUGAUGUUUGUGGUCUCUAACGUUUUUAAAAUCGGUUCAGAUUUGAAAAUCUUCUCGUAUGUAGCCAACAUAACUGCAUCAAGUAACAUCCCUAAACCAAUCGGCUUUCAACAAUUUAGCUUCUCUUUAAAAGACGUGCAUACAGUUUAUAAGUGCAGAUAAUUAUCCUCACCUUCGAGUUUAUACUUUAUUUCUGCCUCUGACUCAGUGGUUUCAAUCUUCUCAUCGAACUCUUCCAACAAAUGUCAAAACAUGAACGGACGACCUCCAAUAGAUCGCGACUCGGAUCCCGUUGCCGCCCUCUCUAGUGUCCUGAUAUUAAAGAUCUCUAACUCACAGGUUGAUGUUUAAAAAAUCUCAGAAUUUAUAACGUUUCUAUUCCAGCCUAUCGACUGACCCGACCUGUUUUAUACAUCGUUCUUUGUUUAUAACGAGAGCGGAGACUUAGCAUGAAGCUAACUGGAGCUCAAACACAACCAGAUCCAAAAUCAACCAAACUGCGCCCCCCGAUGGGAUCAGCUGUGAGGAGGAGCAGGUCUGUGGUUUGGGUCCAGUACUGGACUUUGGAGCAGAGCGUUAAAGGAGAAGUAAAGUUUGUGACCAGCGCAGCCUUCGUGCAGCUCUUUUAUUUCAUCUUAAAGGAGGCUGCAGAAGCUAAACUGAGCAGCCGCUACAGGAGAUCGUCUUCAUCCCGAUGACGUGAAAAACUGCAACAACCGUCGGCUUUUUUCGAGCAGAUGGAGAAUCUGCAGCGUCAGGGUUUUAUGUCAGAAACACGAGCAGAGAAUGAGAUGACAAAGCCGACAGAUGUUUUUUUCAGAUUACAAAGUGAUAGAAAUUAUUUCUGGUGGGAUGUGAGUUUCUCCGAGUCUCACGUUUCGUACUCCGCUGCAGCUCCUGAAGGACACACCGCGGUCAAACAUGUUUUCUAAAGUCCAGAUUUUAAAACCAGAUCCGCAUUUCUAAAGCUGGAGAUGAUGUGUACGUGUUUGCUAGUGACGAUUAAAGGCUGGUCAGAAGUAGAAGUACAGUAUGUGUUGAACUGUGUGUAUAUAAGAGUGUUUAAGAGGAUAUUUGAUUCAAUGUAUAGCUCUAUUAAGAGGUUUAGAUUAUCUAUGAAGGAGGAUCUACUGUUGCCAGAGCUGACCUGAGGACCAAAGCAGUGGAUUCACCCCCCCACCCCCACCCUCCUCCAAUCAUCCUGCAGAGGAUGCCUUAAAUAGCUCACAGGCCCCGCCCCCUUCCCGCCACCUCCACCCUUCUGCACCACUGUCGCUCGUACAGCUCGUGUCGUAUUUUAAAGUAGAUUCUUUCAGAGCACGCCUCACGUGUGGACGAUCCAGUAUGUGCUCCACGCUAACCCGACGUCUGCAGAGAGAGAUUUCAAAACACCUUUAUUUGGUUUCAUAUCGCACUCCGCGGCUUCAUGUUGAGGUGCAGCUCUCGAGGAGACUAAUGAAACAUACACAAGCUCUGUGUUCUGUGAACAUUCAGCCGUACGGAGGCAGCCUGCGCGGGACAAUGCUGCUAUUAUCCUGUUCCAUAUUUUAAAACAAACAGCGACGCGUCGGCCGUGGGAUAGAAAAGCACAGUAUUUUUAAAGAUUUGUAUAGAGUUCUAUGAAAUUUUAUAGAGGUUAUCCGAACAAGACACUCAUGCGUGGAUUGCCAAAAAAAAGAGAAAUACUAUAUAGAUAAAAAUGUGAUUAUUAUUAGACUUCUGGGUUAUGUAAGAAGCAAUAUUUAUUCUGAAUGAAUCUCCUUGGUUGUGUUUUAUUUUUCCCAUUUUGAAGUUACAUAUCAUGAUGCGUUCACUUGUCAGUGUUUUCUUGAAGUGUUGCCUAACGUAGAUACUACUGCAGUGUAAGAUAUUUUGGCCAAUCAAGUGAAUCCCAAGGUGUACGGUUGGCAGCGAGGGCAAACGCGCUGCAACGGGCGAGAUCAUCGUCACACAGAGAAACAGGCGGCAACUUCAGGAUGAAAGCACGUUGAAAAAAAAAAAACACAAAAGUCCAGAACAAUUACAACGAAACAAGCUGCAAACGCAAAGAGAAAUGUGCUGCAGGAAACGUCAAUAAUGAAAAAUGCUUUAUAUUUCCAGAUAUCACAGCGGAAAGGCUCCAGGCCUGUAGGGGGCGCUUGUUGGAACUGGAUGUUGGUGAAACAUUUUUGAAGACACUCAUUUCAAACCUCCUGUGCUGCUUUCAGGUGUGAGACAAGCGGUAUCCUCCAGUUUUAAGAAUGAAGCAAAUGUGGAAGUGUAAAAAACAACUGCAGUUCAUCGAGUGUCCACUAGAGGCUGGAUGUGAAAGACCCUUAAUGUCCCAUACACACCUUAUGUUAAAAUGUCUGUUUUGACAGCAGAAAUUAAAAUGUUCACAGCCUGGUUCAAAAAAACGAUUCUGUUCUGAUUGGUUAAUGUCUUAAUCAGAGCACAUUGUUUUUUAUUUAAUAACUCACCCGUUUUGAUUUAAUGAACCCUAACCCUCCAUGCUGGAAAUGCUCUCUCAGUCUAACUUUCAGUCAAUCUAACGACAGGCUGAGAGCUGGAGCUGAGGCGGGUUUUAAGCCUCUAGACAAACAGCUACCAAACGCCUGCCCUCUACACGCCUUAUUGUGAAUAACUCUUAUCCUUUUUCAAAUCAAAACGGGUGAGUUAGGAAAAAAUACAACCCUCCUUACGAUGUGCUCCUAUUAAGAAAUUAACUAAUCAUAACCAAAAGCUGUAAACAUGUUAAGUUAUUUUGUUAAAAUUUGACAUUUUUAUAUGGGUGUGUAUGGGACUUUCAGGUCUUUUGUAGCCACCCUCUAGUGGACACUUGAGGAACUGCAGUUUUUUGCUCCUCAGCUUUGACUUACAAGUUAUUAAGUUGUUUUUUUUACCCCAGUAGUCAGCCUUAAGAAACAUCCUACACAAAUGUUGAAUCAUUUUGUUGUCUUAUUAACAGUUCAUGUGGUCGCCUCACAUCAGAAUAAAUCUCCUCUUAGCGCCCCCUACAGCGUUGGAGCACGUUUUUUUGUGGUGACUGAAUAUGCACCAUUUUUCUGUUACAUUUAUUUACCGGGUUUAUGCACUUUUAAAACCUGAGCACAGACCUCGCAGUGAGGACCCUGCUGGAAUGCAAGGAAUUGAUUUCAUAAUCUAUCUCUGGAUUUAAUUGAUUAUUCGAGGGCUGUGACAUGCCCCCAAAUCUCACUGACUUUUGCACACGCAUCAGGCCAUGUGAAAAUUUUUUGAUUUUUUUAGGUCUUGAACAAGAGUUUUGCAGAAUGGCUCCAUAGCGCCCCCUUAUGCUUUAAAAAAAAUUCACCCUCUGUAGUGUUUUCACCUCCGUGCACAGACGUAUGUAUCAUGCAAAGAUCUACAAAAAGAGUCUCUUAUCGUCAUGGUGAGAACCAAACAGGAAGUGCCGCCAUUUUUCUUUAUUUGGGUCUUUUAGAAGGACUUGUUUUCCUGCAGCCUGCUGAUAAUCAUUUCUUUCGGCUUUCUGCAGCCGUCUUUGCAUUUUCAGCUCGUCUCUGUGGGUGUAUUCGUCGUGAACUUUCCUGACUGAACUCUUUUGUGCCGUUGUAGGUCCCAGAUCUGCUCGGGUGUUUACAUCUGCUCGGGGUCCCGCGUCUGCCGGUGACGUCACACAAUACGAUCGACUGUGUGAUGAUGUAGCACACCGUGAUUGGCUGUUGGUCGGAGAGUUUACAGAUGUAGUUUUCACGGGUCUACGGACGGAGAAUAUGGACGAACGACAAACUGUCACAACAAGAAGUUAGAGCACAUGGUGCAACCUACAUUUGAUGUUAAACGAGGCUUACUGUCUGUCACCAGCAGGUGGCGUCAUUACAAACAUUGAAGAGUGGCCGUGUAAAUGUGUUCAGACAGGGACUCUCAUCAACCGUGUAACAUUUAAGUCAGUGGUUGUCAACUCGUCUAGUCUCAGGACCCAACGCCAACUCCUCCGUGAGAAGAACCUCGACCCAAAUUAUUCGACCAAUCAGAUUUAUUUACUGAAAAAUUGUGCAGUUUGGACAUCAGUCGGUACAAAACAUGUGACAGAAGCAAGAAACUGAACAAAACAAACAUGUUUAAAAAGCGCUUCAAAGACUUUUUUUUUCCAGCCACACAUUCUUGACCUAACGAAAAAGGCCCCGCGACCCACCUCAGGGUCCCGACCCACCAGUUGAGAACCACUGAUUUAGGGCACUUUGGAUGCUGUGUGUGUUUGAUUUCUUCCACUUUCAUGAGGAGACGUCGACCUCUCUCGCCGACUCUCUGACAGCCAAUCACAGCGUGCUUACAUCAUCAUACAAACGCAGGCGAUGGACCCCGAGCAGAUGUGACCACCCGAGCACAUCUCGACCUUCACCGUUUCAGUGCGUUUUCCCUUUCAGGCCACCGUACAGAAAUCUUCUGACGACCACCGUCUGCCUGACUCUCAUCCCCUGAAAUCCCUCAAUCUAGAGUGUGUGUAUGAAAAGAAGCAAAAAAAAAGUGUAAAUUUAAAAAAAAAAAAAAAAAGAAGAGGCCAUUUGGUAGAAAUAUAUGAAACCUAUGUAAAUGUAAACAAACAACGCCGCCAAAAAGAUUAGCGGUGGCCGUCCUUCAGUCACCGACAGUUUUCUCUCUGUUGUAGAUCUGAGUAGAUGUAGAAGAAUCUUUUGAAGCCUCGCCAUGGCGUGGAGCUUUCACCAGGCCGUGUUUAGACCAGGCAUGGCUCACUAACCCCACCUCCACCCAGCCACCCCCCCCACCCCCCCUUUGAAACACUGCUCCCACCUUCAUCAUCGUUUCUUUUUCUUAAAUUGAUUUUCCUCAUCGAUAGAUUUUAUUCUUUAAGUCUUCAUAGAGGCUAAGAAAUGUUUUCUCGGUAAUUUGUGCAAAGACUUGUGUUCAUGUUUUCUAUGUUGCUGUAAUUUUGUGCUACUGAAUCAUCAUAGAGUCGACUAAUUACUGAAAUGAAAAGAGAGAGAAUUUUCCUGUAACUGCACUCUUAAGCCCCGCCCCCUCCUCCCCCCCUUUCAAAUCCUCAAGAUUUCUUGUAUGGCAACCAAAAUUCACUGUAAGAAAUAAAUAUAAUAUUGCACUAG